AUGUCGACUGUACCUGCCAGGAUUCGACGGCUUUCUGAGCCGUACUCGCCUCCACCUUCGCCAACAAUGAAAGCGUUGAGGAUUGGCAGUUUACACCGCUCUCCUGGGUCAGAAGACUCUCAUGUUCGACCUGUGCAUCCUGCCUAUGCAGCGCACAAACCGGCCACCGCGGUGGGACAUACAGACGAUCUAGAUCUGGAAGAUGAACUUGAGGACGACUACGAGCCUGAGCCAGCUUUGACUAGUGACGAUGCCACGGCACCUUCGUCAUCUCGUGCUCCUUCCCCUUCACUCUCGCCUGUCGACGAAAAUGCAUACAUAGAUGUUGUCACAUCUUCACCUCAAAGAGAAUCUUUUCUGCGAUCUUAUGCUCGUCCUACUACGCCGAUCACAAAACCAGAUCCUCGCGAUGAAGACGUCGCUGCCGUCUUACUUUCGCUGUCUUUCCCUCGAGUUGGGCCCUCUCCUCUUGUUACAGCCGUUCCUCCGCCUCCGCCGCGCCCGGAGUCUCCGAGUCCGCAUAGUGUGCUGCAAUCGCGUACCACGCCUGCGAUCUCUCGAAUCAAAGUCGAGAAGGAAGCCUCGAGGCGAUCAACGCCGCACCGGAUUUCUGCCGUCGAAGAGCAGCUGGACCGGCGGGCGCUUAUCGAUGUUCCAACUGAAGCCCGGGUGGCGGAGAUUCCACGCACACCCUCGCCGUUCAUCGAAAUUGUUGCAUCUCAGAGCCCGGCGGCUCCGGAGGAGGCUGAUAGCCCAACUUCAUCGCCUUUACAACAACUGUCCCCGCUCCCACCCUCCUCGCCGCUACCCGAAGAGGAGGAGGACGAAGAUGCGGCGGACAUUGACGUCGCCGAUGAGAGCGUCCUCUCGCGUAUGUCCUCCCCGCUCUCGCGGCUAUCCUCUAUUCCUCCCUCGCCGACAAUGGACCCGGAGCCUCUGCCUGCAGAUCUCGACCUUCCGCAAUUUGAGCUCCCAGCACGCGACCUGUCUCUAUCUCCCGAACCUAUGGUCAUGUCCCCGCUCUCGUCACCUCCGACGUCACGUCCGAGCUCUCCAGUCCAGUCCGAGAAAUCGCGGGCGUCUUCUCCCGUCCAGCCGAAUAAGCGCGAAGUGGAGAUUGUUCGCCCUGUGCACACGAAGCGCAAGCAGUCUACGCCCCCUCCCGAAUCCCCGCCGCGCAGAAAGCGAGCUCGUCGUGUCAUUCCGGACUCGAGUCCGGAACCGGAAUCAGACGUCGAGCCCGUUUCCAUGCAAGUCGAGAACGCGGUCGAGAGCGAUUUCGAAGAGCCCGAGCCUGCACCCGCCCCUGCGCCACGACAUGCGCGCGGAAAGACUUCCCGGGGAACGCGGAAUGCUACGCGCGCCUCGAAGCCUGCGAAAGGAAGCAGCAGGAUGAAGGCCGACGCGCCCAUGCACAUCGACGACCGAUCCGAUAAGCAGUGCCCUCACCCCGCGUUACCCAGUCUUAUCGUUGAGGCGUUCGCGUUAUCUCGGGCAACCUCGUUGCCCGCCACCGCAUUGUACGACGCGAUCCGAGCGUCUUACCCCGCGAUUGCCGGAUCCACGGCCUCAUCCACGCGUUCAGCGGCCGCCACAAACGAGCAAGAUUCGGCCACGCUUACACAGGGCAAUGUGGAAGAGGUUCUGCUCUGGGGAGCUGCGCGCGGCAUCUUCGAGCUCGUUCCGUCCUCGGGCGACGCCAUACCGCCAACCUUCUUUUACAUCCCUGAUGCGGAUUGGAGCAAGGAGCGUUCCGGAUUGCACUCUGCGCUCGGUGGACGUGUGGCGCGUGCAGGCAAGCGCGCGUAUAAGCAGUAUUACUGGAAGCCGGUGGUACUGCCGCGCGGCGGUGGAGCACGCUCUUCGCGAAAGCGAGAUCAAGACGACGAAGUUCGCAAAGGCUGGGAGGUGGACUGGGAAGAGUAA